UGAAAGCGGGCGCGCCGGGCCUUUCCGCCGGGCCGCUGCUGAGGAGAAGCGAUGGGGCAAAGGGGCGGGAGGGCUGCUGUCGCCGCCGGGCCGCUGGCUUGAGGCCCUGAGGCGAAGCCAGGCUCCGUUUUCAUCGCUGGGCAACGGGCCGUGCCUGCGGGGAGCCCGGCCGAGCGGCUGGCGGGGAGCGAGGAGGAAACCGCCGCCGCGUAGAGAAGGGAGGAGCCCGCCUGGGGCGUCUUCGUCUGGGCAGCGCUCGGAGCCACGGGGGAGGCCUCCUUUUGGAUAACCAAUGAGUAUCACCAGUGAUGAUGUCAGAAAUUAAACCAACCAUUUCCUGUCCAUUCCAGUUUUCACAAACUUGUAUGAUGCAAAGACUACAAUUCAACAUCCAAAAAACAUUGCUUUUAAAACUGUCUAGAUGAUUGUUGUUGCCUUGGUUGUACUCUAUGCAAGCAGAAACCUUUUCCAAGGUUUACGGCUGACCUUUGAACAGCGUAUUCCCUGUUUGCUACAAACCUUGGGAGUUAGCAGCAUGGGCAAUUCCUGUGUUUGUCGAGAAGACAGUGGUGCAGAUGAGAGUACAGAAUCCAGGAAUCACCAGGCUGAGAACAGCAGAAUGCCUGUACCUGAAACAAGGAGCCAUCAGAGGGACCCAGUACGGCCCCCCCGGCGGGGGCGGGGGCCACAUGAACCCAGGAGGAAAAAACAUAAUGUUGAUGUGUUAGUACUUGACACACUGGCAGUAAUUCGGACACUAGUAGACAAUGAUCAGGAACCUCCUUAUUCGAUGAUGACCUUGCAUGAAAUGGCAGAAACAGAUGAAGGAUGGCUGGAAGUUGUCCAGUCUUUAAUAAGAGUUAUUCCAUUAGAAGACCCCUUGGGACCAGCUGUUAUAACUUUACUCUUGGAUGAGUGCCCAUUACCAACCAAAGAUGCAUUGCAGAAGUUGACAGAAAUACUAAACUUAAACGGAGCAGUGGCUCUCCAGGAUGCCUGUCAUCCUGCCAAGCAUCGGAAUACCACUGCAGUCCUGGGCUGUUUGGCAGAAAAGCUUGCAGGCCCUGCAAGUGUAGGUUUACUCAGCCAAGGAAUCUUGGAGUAUUUACUGCAGAGCUUGGAGUUCCAGUCCCAUCCAACAGUCAUGCUUUUUGCACUAAUAGCCCUGGAGAAGUUUGCACAAACAAGUGAGAAUAAAAUGACAGUUUCUGAUACCUGCAUCAGCGAUCAGCUUGUUUUGUUAGAGAAAUGGACCAAUAAUCCAGACUACUUAAAGCGCCAAGUUGGAUUCUGUGCCCAGUGGAGUUUAGACAAUUUAUUUUUGAAAGAAGGUAGACAGUUUACGUAUGAGAAAGUUGACUUGACCAAUAUUAAGGCCAUGCUGAACAGUAACGAUGUCAGUGAAUAUCUGAAGAUCUCGCCACAUGGGUUGGAGGCCCGAUGUGAUGCUUCAUCUUUUGAAAGUGUCCGAUGUACCUUCUGUGUAGACUCUGGAGCUUGGUACUAUGAAGUCACAGUCAUUACUUCUGGAGUGAUGCAGAUAGGAUGGGCUACUAAAGAAAGCAAGUUUCUCAAUCAUGAAGGUUAUGGUAUCGGGGAUGAUGAAUACUCCUGUGCUUAUGACGGCUGCCGGCAGCUGAUCUGGUAUAAUGCCAGAAGUAAACCACAUUCCCACCCAUGCUGGAAGGAAGGUGACACUAUAGGAUUUCUACUAGACCUACAAGAGAAAAAAAUGAUUUUUUAUUUAAAUGGGAACCAGCUUCCUGCUGAGAAGCAAGUGUUUUCGUCGGCUGUCUCUGGCUUCUUUGCUGCAGCUAGUUUCAUGUCCUAUCAACAAUGUGAGUUCAACUUUGGAGCAAAGCCUUUCAAAUACCCACCAUCUGCAAAAUUUAACACCUUUAAUGAUUAUGCAUUUCUGACAGCAGAAGAGAAAAUCAUUUUACCAAGACAUAGACGCCUGGCCUUGUUAAAGCAAGUGAGCAUACGAGAAAAUUGCUGUACACUUUGCUGUGACGAAAUAGCUGACACAGAACUCAGGCCAUGUGGACACAGUGAUCUCUGCAUGGAGUGUGCCUUGCAAUUAGAAACCUGCCCUUUGUGUCGGCAAGAAAUACAGACCCGUGUCCGACAGAUUGCUCACAUCUCAUGACACAGGGAGAACUGUCUCUUGUGGAUUUGCCUCUGAUCCAUUCCAUCCAGUGCCAGAAGAAAGGCAGCUCAAACCGAGGUCUGCCCCGCCCCACCUCAUUCCCCCACCAGAAGCCCAGCCUGAUCCUGUCACCAUGACCACAGAUGGAAGCCUGUUAAAUUGCUCCACAGCCUCAUAGUCGGGAUGCUUUCUUUUAGCAGUAAUGAAAGUUGGUGGUGAAAGCUGAGUUACCUGUUAAUUUAUCUUCAGCCAAGACUGUUGGAAAGGCCUUGAUUCCUUUCUCUGGUUAAUUUUUGCUUUUCCUUCCUAACUCCUCCUCCUUACACACUGAAGACUUUGCACUGGAAACAUAUAAUGCAUAAUCUCCUAAAAUGGGGACAUAUCUGUUUCCCAAAGCCUUUGUUUUGGCAGCCAUUAUGCAUUUUUAUUUUUAUUAUUUUGUCACUGUAGCUUCCUGCUGGUCAGAGUACACCCCUAUAUAUAUUUUGGACUGUUAGCAUGAAAAUGUUAGAGACUUGAAAUCUACAUGAAGAAACUGAUUUCUGAUGAAAAUUGGUUAUUUUCAUUCAUAGUAUUUCUAAUUCCUUCAGUUUCAGUAUCUACAAUUUUGUGAAAAGAAAACUAAUUUUCAGGAGGAAUUCUUAUAAAUGCAGCAACAGACUGGAGAUAGUUUGAUAUUCUAGGUAUUUUUAAGGUACCAUUGAUCAUUGCUUUUUUUAAAAAAUCUGUUCUUGCAAGUUCUGUACAUUUUGAAAAUACUGAGCUAUAGAUCUUAAGAUCUGGAAAGAACAUGGAGCAAAUGUGUUAAUAUUGUUUUGAAGAAAUACAUGUUUGAAUAGCAAAUAGCUUGAUUUGGUUAACUCCUAUUUAAGCAGAUUCUAACUAAUUUUUAUAUUAUGGAAAGUUUUCGGCUACAUAGUACUUCCGUAAAACAGUUGCAUCAAUCUUGCUCCUAGUUCCUUGUGGAUUUCUGAAGUAGCAGAACUUGUAAGAUAAUGCAAAGCCAUAUCAAAAUGUUCAUCCCAAGAUGAAGUAAGCUGUGGCCGACCUUGAGAGAGAGAGAGAGAGGGGAAAAAAUCUCAAAUCCACAAUUAACUAAUUCCUUUCUUAAGAUGAUUAACAUUACAGAUAAGCUUCUGAGACAAGAGCAGAAUAAAAUGUUACAAAAAGUGGCUGGAAUCAGGAAAGACUGAGGAGGAGAAAUUGCAUAACCCUGUUUUCAGUUUAUGGCAUGACACACCACUGCCACACUUCAUGCUAGCACAUUUAUUUUUGCAAAGGUCAGGGAUAUGCAACUGUUAUUGAAAUAAAAGUUGCACCCAUCUUUGCAGUUGCACCACAAAGAGGCCGAGGCCCAGAAAAAGAUUUUUAAAGUAGAUGGGGAGUGAAAAUUGAACACACAUUUAAUUAUUUAACUGUUAAUAUUUAACAGUUAGCAGCUCCCUGCCUCAAAACUGAUUCCCAGGUUUAAAAUUAGUAAUAUGUCAGGAAUAUUUUAUAAAAGAAAUUCUCAUGUACACGCCGACUCAUAUAAAGAAGAAGAGGUGAUCUAGGAGUUGCUGAUGGGCAAUAGAAUUGGGACUGAUGAGUACCUGAUACACAGACAUCAGCCUUUGUAGUUAGAAAGCUAUUCAGUAGGGCUCUGCAAAGCUGCUAAGAGGUGUUUUCAGUCUUCUGAGUGAAGCAGCCCUUCCAAAUUCUUUAAAAAGCAAUGUGGCCUCCUGCUUUUAGAUGCAGAGUAAAGCUGCCGCAUUGCUUCAUGUUACUUCUGUGCUUGCCUCCAACCCUUUCUAGUAGCUUGGAGAGGCUUCUGCGCAGCACACAGGCUAGAAGAAUGUGAUGCCCCUCACAGAGGCAAUCCGUGGCUGCCUUCCCCAGGCCAUGAAAUUUUUCACAUUGCAAAGCUGUAGUCUUUGCAGUGUCACAAGAUUCUUGCCUUGAGAGUCAGAAUGCACACAUCCUUGAAUACCACCCCAUCCAGUUUUAGUACCAUAAUGCUUCAGAUUUAAAUCUACUGAUCUGAAAAAGAGUCUUCAAUUUUCUGCUACCUGGGCAAGAUACUAAACACCUUGCAAGUGGUUCUGGUUUCUAGGUAGAUUUCAGCCUUGCAGUCAUCUUCAAGUAGAAGUGCCAGAUCCAAAGUUAAAAGCAGAUUGUGAUUGAGGAAGGGAAGUAGAAGGGAAAAAGAGGAAAUCAUUUGCUUCGAGAAAGUAGGGGGGAAAUCCCACUGGGUUUGCCUAACAUAGUUUUUUAUACCAUAUCCAUUUGCACUUUUUAAAAGAGGUGCAUUAAUGCCUUAGCAUGGAGAAAAUUAUCUAUGUGGUUGCUAGCAGUCAAAAACAACUUGAUGGUACGUGAUUAUUGCUUUAAAGCAUUUUAAUGCAUCACAUAGAUUCAAUGACAUACCUGCCCCUAAAAGAUGUCUACGCCUUCAUACCCUGCAGAGAAUUAUGGUUAGGAAGCAGUCCCAUUCCCAUCUUUGCCGUUUUUAUUUGCCACACGGAGACAUAGUUUCUCAGGUAUUGGAAGUCUCUUAUAAGAGGCCUGGGUAGGUUAAAAUGAGCAGCACCACCCUAGUCUUCAACAAGUGAUUACCAAGCCAAGCCAAAGCCAGCAUGCUGAUGUAUUUAAUAUCUAGUAGCUGCCUUAUAACCCUGUUCUUAAUGUUAAAACUAUUUUUUUUCCAGCUCUUUCCUUAGAGAUUAUGUGUAUUUUUAUUGUUGGCUGAAUUUUAAGUUUUCCUUCCAUCUUAAGAACUUAGAAGAACCUCCAGGUAUUGUAAGCAUGUGAUGUAGCUAAAAUUCAGUGUGGUGGCUUUGAUCCAUAUUUACAACUGCACUGCUAUCUUGGAAGACCGUUGCACAUUUUACCUUCCUGUAGCCUUUUUCUGCUCCUCAGCCACCUCAUGCCCAUUUCAUCUUGUUCAAGAGAGGGCCCUGAAGGACUGCAGCUGGAGGGACAAGAGUCAGGGGGAGAGGGAAAGCCAAGAGGAACAGAUCACCAUGAGAUGGGCAGAGGGCAAGAAUCUGAAGGAAUACUUAGAUCGUAUUGCUUCAAACACUAACUGUGAUUCUGCCAGAAAAGCCCUUCUCACUCGCUGUUUGGUCUCAAGCAUAGGCAUGAAAGUUGUAUAAUGUUUGCCAACAAACAUGCUCAGUUCUGCAAAAUCAGCAAGACCUUAUGGUAAAAAGAACAUCUUGAUAUUGUUAAGAACUCAUGCAUCGCAUUGCACUUCACGAACUUUCAGGUGCCCAAGACCUGUUUCUGCUGCAACAGAUUCACCUCUGUUAAGUCAUUCUUAGGGUUAAAAAAAUGCACUGGGCCAGAGGCCGCUUGAUGUGUGGUGUUACAUUGUGCUGUGCUGGGUGGGCAGAUUAAAAGGUGGGGCAGCAAGUUCAGGAAUGCAAGAGAUAAUUGUGCCUUUUGCAGAGAGCAGAAAUUGAAACAAGAUCCCAGCAAACCUGUAUAAAAAAGCAAAGCAGCACAACACUUCCAGCUGUUAAUGAACAGUGCAAGCUAGUUAAUGUACAAACUAAAAUUGCUCCUGCAAACAAUUGCUUUCUGUUGGGAAGAUUGCUCACCGCAGAAUAUUUGCACGUGCGCGGUUCUGCGCUGUGCAUUCAGUCAACAUUCGCCUUCUGAGUAGUCAGUGAUUCGACCUGAAUGAUAGCUACCUGGGUGAUGCAGAGCCUUUUCUCUCAGCUGUCUUCAAAAUAGAUGAUUGAUUCAUUCUGGUUUGGUUUCACACCUUUCUACUCAAUAUAAGACUCUGAGCUGCUUACGAUAAGUAAGGAAGAUAAAUACAAGUUUCAAAGCACAGGCUAUCAUGAUAAAUCUUGCAGUAUAGUUUAAAUGUUCAAUAUGUUCUUAAGCAAAUAAUUAAGAGCAAGGUUCAAAAACAUGAACACGUGCAGCAGCAAACAUAAAAAUGGAGGCAGUGCACUGCCAGUAGCCACCCAAGCGAUAAUUUGAUUUGAUUCUUUACAUUGGAUUCAGACGAAUAACGGGAUGGUCUGUCCCAAGAUGCUGAUGCGUUUCAUUAGCAUACAGUGGACCCAAAACAAAUGUGUAAAUAUUUACACAUCAUGCUAAGUAAGUAUGCAUGAUAUUUUU